CCUUGCGUUGUUGAGUAUCAUUUCCACACUACAUUCUUUAUAUAUAGGUAAGCUUUACGCCAAGGUGUUUACAUUAAGAAACGAUACCCUUUCUUUACUUUUCGUUUCUGGAGUUCUGAAUCAUGAGCGCAAGCAGACGUCAAGGUGGUUCUUUGAAUAAUUUGUGGGAGGAACGGUACAGCCGGCAAAGGAGAGAAGAAUUGUACAUUAAGGAAGAUUGGCGUGAAGAUCGACUCGCAUUCCUGAAUGGUGUCUCGUUGUUCGAAUACCUGAGAAACGGCGAGAAGGAAAAUUUUAUUGAGACUCUAUUGAGAUUCUCUAAAGAUUUCCUGGAACCUCCUGGCCAAUUUCGCUUCUCAGCCUUGCGCAACUUUCUCGGCAGCGCAGACAUGUCCACAUUCAAGCGAGCAGCAACCAAUAGGCAUGCCUCAAGCAUCAUCAUUUCAGAUGAGAGGCGCGACCCGAUUGACAUCACAGCAACAACACGUCAUUGGGACUCAGAUCUCUACCUCAGGUAUCCACCUUCUGGUAUCAAUAUAUAUACCGAAAGAUUAGAUUUACCGGGAUUGGUGCAGAGGCUGAGCGAAAAUAGACGAAACAACGGUGCUGAAAGACGGACAUUAUAUGUAUCUCAUAUGAGCCCCUCCUGUGCCAUGGCCAUCAUCGGCACAGCACCGACUCGUUCGAUUCCUAUUCUGCAAAAGUUCUUCCAGAACCAUCUACUAUUUCGCACUCACUUUCGUGUAUCAAUGUCUGGGGUCUAUACUAUUGAAUUUCAUAUACCUUACCUUGCCCUUCGCGAAGGUUCCCCCAUGCAGGACGACCGAAGACAAGGACCUCAUCAUUGUCCCGCGCAUAAACGAUUGCCAUUACCCCGACCCGGUGAUCAAGAAGCCUACUACUAUGAGGCACAGACUUCAUUCUUACUGACGGGUAUUGAUGAGAGAAUGUAUACUGUUGUUUGUGCUGUUGACACAUUUUUUGAAAGGGAGCAAAAUAAAAAUCGCCAGCUAAACAAAACUAGUUCCCUCGAUGCCCCUUCUGGUGGUUCGCUUUGGCUUGAGUAUCCAGUUUGGAAUCCACGUCAAUAUGCACUAGUGGUACAAGCUCAGAGGAUGCUUCAGGCCAGAGAGGAAUGGACGACAUUGAUCAACUACUUCGUUGAACGGUUGCAACAUUACGAAUAUCUUUAUGAGCUACUCGAUGAUCAUAUGUUGACUAGGACAAUAGAGCUUACGGAGGCUGAGUCGACAAUACGUCUCUUUAGGGAUCAUAUUGCUCGCAUGAUAAGCGUCUGGGAUGGGUACUACGACACCACCAAAACCCUUUAUGAGGUGGAGAGUUUCAAACUUUAUACCUGGUGGCAAGAAUAUAUUGGAUCUAUUGGUGAGUCAGUAUCGGAACUGAGGAUCUUGCACGAGAUUCUGGCUCAGAAGUUGGAACUUUUCAAGAGCAUGCGGGAAGGGCUAGUGAAUGCUUCGUCUUUUAAAGAGAGUGCAGAAGCCACUCGCCAGGAAAAUAAAAUCAGUGUUCUGACUACAAUCACUAUGGUAAUUUGGGCUUCCAACCUUUUUAAGCCCGACUUCUCGAUUUUGAAAGCUUUUAUACUGAAAUCUUCUAGCUUUUCCUCCCCUUUACAGCAGUAACUGCCUUCUUUAGUUUACCGCAGCUGGGCGAUUCUGCAUGGCUUUGG